UCGGCUACGAACAUAGUACGUGUCGCUACUCGCAAGUCGCAGAUAUUUAUUAUCUUACAUCUUACUUCACGUUACAUUUCAGCAACAGCGUUCGACUGGAUAAGUGGUUUUUACGGUAGUAAUCUGAUCAUCCAAAAUGAACAGCUGUCGUACAUUUUUGACCAAACAGGUGCUGCCGACAUUCUCCAAAAGUUACAAAAAAACUAUCACGACUACUUCAUCGAAGUUGCAGCAAACAGAAACCAGUGCAGCAACACAGGUCACGGACUCGCCCAAACCCCUAACAUAUUUAACGGAAGAUGAACAGAUGAUGAAAGAAACAGUGAGAAGAUUGGCUGUAGAUCAAAUCGGUCCACAUGUCAGAGAUAUGGACAGGGAUGGAUUUAUAAAGCAACCCAUAAUUGAUAUGCUAUUUGAAAAUGGGUUGAUGGGAAUUGAAAUAGAGUCCGAAUAUGGAGGUUCCGAGUGUGGUUUUAUGACAACUAUAUUAACGGUUGAAGAAUUAUCGAAAGUCGAUCCAGCAACAGCAGUUUUGGUCGACUUGCAUAACACGUUGAUCAUCAACGCGAUCAGCAAAUAUGCAAACAAAGAGCAGAAGGCCCAAUACUUGCCCCGAAUGGUAACAGACACGAUUGGCAGUUUUGCGUUAAGUGAACCAUCAUCCGGAUCUGAUGCGUUUGCUUUAAAAACAACUGCCAAAAAAGACGGCAGUGACUAUAUCCUCAAUGGUUCGAAAAUGUGGAUCUCAAAUUCGGAUGUUGCCGGAGUAUUUUUGAUAAUGGCCAACGCAAAUCCAUCCGCAGGAUAUAAGGGAAUCACAUGUUUCAUCGUUGACCGUGAUACACCUGGAUUUACAAUUGCAAAACCUGAGAACAAACUGGGAAUUUGCGCAUCUGGUACAUGCAUGUUAACUUUUGACAACUGCAGGGUACCCGAAACUGCUAUUAUGGGUAAACUUGGAGAGGGAUACAAAAUCGCUGCCAGAUUUUUAAAUGAAGGGCGUAUCGGUAUUGCCGCUCAGAUGGUUGGAGCCGCUCAAGGGUGUUUUGAUGCAACUAUUCCAUAUACUCUUGAACGAACACAAUUUGGAAAACCCAUCUAUAGCAAUCAGGGAAUGCAAUAUCAGAUUGCGGAGAUUGCUUCAAAAAUAGAAGCGGCGCGCCUUCUAACGUACAAUGCUGCCAGAUUGCUAGAAUGUGGCGCCCCCGUUGCCAAGGAAGCCUCAAUGGCCAAGUACAUUGCCUGUGAAGUGGCACAGCAAGCAACAAUUAAGUGUAUUGAUUGGAUGGGCGGUGUCGGAUUUACUAAGGAUUUCAUUCAAGAAAAGUUUUACCGUGAUGUCAAAAUUGGUAGCAUUUACGAAGGUACCAGUAAUAUGCAACUGAGCACAAUUGCCAAACAUAUUGAAAAGGAAUAUAAGAAAUAAGUCGUACAGUGUAACAUACACGCAAAGGCUAUGUGAUUUUAUUUACUUCUAUAAUUUUCAAAUAUGAAAUUUUAUUGUACUAGAUAGUGUCUUUAUACUACCUACAAACUGAUGCUGUAUGAACCAAUUUAAUUAUAUAUUAUUUAUAUGUACCUACUA